AUGGGCACAUCAAACCCGGCCCUAAGUAGUAGCGCCCUACUUCUUAAUAAGGAGGAUGGAACAGCCCCUGUCUACUUGACUCGCUGGAAGGGCAACGCCUGUGUGAAGCCAUCAACUCCUUCCACAUCAAGGACCAAGGGUGAAAGACUGUUCGAGGGCAGACCAACUUCCGACGUCAGCCUUAGCAUGAGCGUCACUCCACGAAAUGCUAUCCGAGAUCAGCUCCUCAGCUUUUUGGUUGACAAGAACCUUCCAGCAGACCUGGACAGCCAUAGACGUCACAUCGACCAUCGCAGUUGGCUUGCCAAGCUUGCAGGGGAACCCCUCUCUCCUGCCCUUGAGCACUCCAUGUUGGCUAUCUGUGUAGCUGCUUGGGGUCGCCAGACCUCGGAAGAGGCUCUUACACGAGAGAGCCUUGUUAUGUACACGACCAGCCUGCGCCAACUACAGCGGGCUAUAACCAACUCGACAUCGCGCUCUGAUGAGCAAAACAUCGCUGCUUGCUUGGCGUUGAUCAUGUACGAGUACAUCGAAUGUCCCGGUCACACAACUGAUGGCUAUAUGAAUCACUACAUUGGUGCCAUGAGUCUGCUUCAGCUACGCGGCCCCCAAGCACAUUCUGAAGGCUUAGCUCAUCGCCUACUCAAGACAGUGAGGUUCCAUACUGGCUUGAGGAUGCGGCGCACAACCUUUCUGUCGCGGCCAGAAUGGAUCGAGCAGCCCUGGUCCAGUAUGCCAAAGUCCUUCCAGGACCUCUUGCUUGACAUUUUGUUAAAGAUCCCAGACAUCUACUCUGCAACCGACGCUAUCACAGACGAGAUGGGCCUUCUGAAAGACUUCGCCAGUGGUUUUGAGGUGGCUAGAAAGUGUUCUCAACUUGACGCGGAGCUCGCCAAGUGGUUCUCCCGAUAUAAAGAGGACCACUCUGGCCCUCUAUACUGGCCAGUGUUCUCGAACCUUGACAGCGAGAUAGAUGCUACUGAGCUGGGGCAAGUCUUUCCAACAUCUCUCCGAUUUCCCUCUUUUGAAAUCGGGGAAACCCUGGUCCUCUAUUGGACGGCCCAAGUCCUUAUCCACUCCCAUCUCUGCCUCCUGCUCCAGAAGCUGUCCAAGGUGGAGUGCCAGCCUGAACAGCUCCAUGGAUCUGUCUUGGAGAUUAAUCUGAAGGGGUCAAUGACAAGUACACAAACGCAGCAGCCGCCGCUGCGCCAGCUACUUCCGGCAAUUGAACAUCACAAGCAGUGGGUGCAGUCAUCAGCUUAUCACAUCUGCCAAUCCGUGGAGUAUUUCUUCCAGGAGAUGCUGGGUAGCAUUGGAAUGGGUGCUAUUCUGCCGCCUUUAUUAGUUGUACACGCGUGUAUGCCAUCUGCACUAGGAGCUGGGAGUCGACAGCAGGCGUGGGUUCAUGAAAUGAUUGUGCAGAUCCAAGGUGGAAGUAAUAAACUACCAAGGAACAUCUAA